CCUCAUAGCUCAGUGCUUUGUUGUGAGCGCAACGCCGCAAUGCACGAAACAGCAGAAGGUGAAGAGUAGGUUAUUUCCACUCAGCCUGAUCCUGCAGGAUUCAUUCAUGCUCUGCAGAAUGCGGACAGGGAAAUAGUUGGAAGCGCAUCCGACCAGCAGGAGACGGUAGUUUAGCGCACUGGUUGGGCUUUUGUUCGCUGCAGAGGACAGAGACUCCGGUCCAGGACAGCACGAAGGUCCAUGAGACGCUUUGAGCUGCAGACCGCUUCAGUAUCACGUUCUGCAUUGACGUCCGGCUGCUAACAUCUGCUCAGGUUGCGUGAAGGUUGAGCCAUGGACGCCGGGAGGCUGGAGCAGCAGGUGGCCAGCGUGGACAGGGGGAUCUGCUUCCUGAAGCAGGAGCACCUGGCCAUGCUGACCGGCCUGCAGCUGGAGAUCACACACCUGAAGAGGCGCUGUCACGAGCUGAGCUGUGAGCUGGACUCCAAGUUUCCAGACAGAAACACAGCAGAGGAGGAAGCAGAGCUGGCGGCGCGUUGCGAGGCCGCAGAGCGCCUCCUGGAGCGGCAGCAGUGCAUGAUGGUCACGGUGCGCGGGGAGCUGCGGGCCGGCCGGGCCCGAGCUGUGGCGCUCGGGAGGAGCCUGCGGGAGGAGGAGCGGCGGUUCCUGGAGGAGCUGAAGCGCCGCAGCCACAAGAUCACGUUGCUGAAUCGGGAACUUCAGCGGCAAAACGUCAUGACGACGACGCUGCACCACGAGCUGCACGGCGCGCGGCUGAAACUUUUCCAGCAGCGACAGAGGGGGAAAAGAGAGCAGGAGGAGGAAGAAGAGGAAGAGGAAGAAGGAGCGUCAGACUGGCCUCUGUCUCCUCAUCCCGGUGCCUCCUCCGUCCAGCCGGAGGGGAGACCCAGGAAGAACAUGAGUGUGAGAGAGGAGAGGGUAAGAGCCUGCAUCCCACAGGAGAGAGUCACCUCACCACAGAGUCCUCACGCGAUGCCUGACCCCGCCCUCUUCCUGGUGCCGCUCAGGUACCGGCUCCUCCGCUGGAGCCGACCCAUCAGGCUGCAGGACGGAGAGGACGGGGAGGACGAGUGGGAGGACAUAGAGGACAGCAGGGUGCCCAGGAGGGUGGACAUGGGCGCCGGCGAGGGAGAGACGGCUCUGUGACCGAGAAGGAGGACUAUAAUCUGGAAAUUAAGUUUUAUAAUCUAGCUUCACUGGAAAUGGUUAAUCUAAACUAGACUUAGAUGUAUUUAUAUAUUUACCCAGUUAAGGGUGUGAAAUGUCCUUGAAAGGUUUAGAGUUCACCACAGCUGAUCGUGUUUAUAAUCUAAAAGCAGCGUUGUGUCUGGGUUCAGCAAACGCUUCCACCAGCUGGGGGCUGCAGGUACCGAUUUGUUUUUUGUCUAAAAUGUUGCUAAAUAUAGCAAGAAAGUCACUGAGUUGGGAACAAUAGUUGUUAACUUAAAAUGUGCAGAUGUGACCAGUUGGGCUGGUCAGCCGGUCAAACCUCGAUUAACUGAGAGCUGAAGAGGACACUGGCUGAUUUUUAGGGAUUUGCUGAGGUGGAUAAGAUCAGCACCACAUGUAUCGACCGAUCACCAAUCUCCCAAAAUCUGUGCCGAUAAAUCGACGGGCCGGUAAAUCGGUGCAGCCCCAGAACCAUCUUUAUGUUUAGAAUGGUCACUUGAAAAGGAAAUUUUGUAUUACGUGCACUUUAUUAAAUUCCUACAUAACUCGUGUUGUCAUCUCUGUUUUGACUGGGAAAAAACUUUUCUUAGAACGUUUGAAUAUGUAAGUGUAACUUACAUAUUCCUCUUUUUAACGCCUGGUGACGUUAAAAAGAGGAAGAAGAGUAAAAAUACAAAUAAUCCAUUUUUCACAAAGAACUUUCUGAGCUUGAUUUAAACUCCUUUGUCCAGGUGUGAAAAAGACGUGAAGUUAGAGUUUAAUGCAACAAGCAGUGGCAGCAGGUAUUUAUAAUUAUAAAAACACUCUCUUCCUCCUGCUUCAUAACUAUUGUAUAUAAAAUCCUGACAAAAUAAAUCAACAAUCCAAAGCAGAGGAAAAACUUUAGUCCAAAAAAACACUUCAUUUUCUCACACCUGGACUGAUUACAUAUUGUGCUUUUUAUAUAAUGUAAAAUACGAUUGAAAGCAACUUUAUAAAACUACUUUUAGUCAGUUCAAUCAUUAAAAUGCGUAAUAACAUAAUAAUAUAUACCAGCUGAAUUUAGGGAGGUUUGUAGGUUUUUAUGCUUAAAUUUAUGAAAAAUUAUCGACCCAAGGAUGUUGAGACUGAAAAAACAUUUGAAAUCUAGCCAGGAUAAACGAGCAGACGGUUCUGCUCCAAUAUUUCUACAGAAACUCUUGAAACAACUCAAGAGCAGGCAUCCUCAUCCAUGUUUUUGUCUUCUGUCUGGAUAAAAUCCUGCAUGUCAAGAAUGUCAAACUCAUUUUUAAUUUUGGGCCACACCAGCAUCAUGAACGUUCUUAAAGGGCCGGUUGUCCCAGAAUGCAUCAUAAAACCUACUAAAAAACUGCUGACACAUUAAUAAAUAGCUGUGUCUGCGUUCGAUAAGUAUUUAUUAACAUUUAAAUACUAGAAUAAUGUAGAAUAAAAUGUAGAAUAACCUUUUUUUUGCAAUAAAAAUCACUGAUUUGUGGAGUUAAUUUAGAAAUAUUUGCAAAAUAUCUAUAAAAAUACUUGCUGUAAGAAAUACUGCCACUUGCAGAUGAGAGUUAGCAUCACAUAAACCCAAUGUUUUUGAUCAUUUUGGUGGAAAAUUCACAGUAAACUCACAAUUAUGCAUUAUUGUGAAAAAGUGCAUGGGUUAGUUGAUUUUUCCUAUUCCAUACUGCAAUUUGGUAGUAUACUGAUAAAAACUGAUUUUAUUUGAUUGAUACAAUUACAUUUAAGGAUACAACUGUUAUGCUAAGUGCUUUAUUUUUUGCGUCCCUCACAAAUAGUUACAGUGGACCAGAUUUGGCCCCCAGGCCUUGAGUUUGACACAUGUGCUGUAUGUUGUCAGUUUUCCAGGUCUUUACUUAAAAAUCAAACUUUCUGUUGUGAAAUGUUUCCCUGUAGCAGCAAAAACGAGUUGCUACAGAAAAAUAAAUCUUAUUUUAAUGUUA